CCGCAAUGUGAAAUUGCACGCGACUGCCGACUUGCAUUCAAUACGAUUUUUUUGGCAAAAAUAAAGCGAUCCGGACAUCUGAUUUAAGCUAAUAUUAAGUGAUGAUAAGUAGAUUAAACUAAGUAAAUAAUAUAAAAAUGACAGACUAUAAAGAAGAACAGAAUAACGAAGUUGAGGCAUUGGAAUCUAUUUAUCCUGACGAGUUUCAACGUGAGUACGAUAAAGUUUUUGAAGGCACGCGAGUGACUGUAGAGACAUUCAUGACGUGGAAGGCGAAGUUUGAUGCUGAGAUGGCGGCUCUGAAGAGCUCCACAGACAUCAGCAUUGAUGGCAAGAAGCGGCUCACUGGCAAAGAACUUUUCCUGGCUGACAAAACUCUUAAUGAGAGCGACCUUAGCUUUUUGGGAGAAGGUGACACGGCAGUGGCGGUGGACGAGACGCUGUUUGAAAACCUUGACGACUUGGAGCUCGACGACGAUGAUGAAGAUGACGAUCCUGAUUACAAGCCUUAAGCUAAACGGAUUUAAUACCAUUUUUGGCUCCCAUUCAAAUAUUUGUUUUGAUCCCGCUAUGUAUUUGAAGUAUUUUACUGCAUAUGUUUUCACUUUUUGUUCAUAACUCCAUUCAAAUUUAAAUUUCUAGAUAAUUUCAUUAGAUUUUGUAUUCAAUGUCCAUACUGAAAAUAUCUUUAUUGUAAUCAAUACUAAGUCUGAUUUUUUUCUAACAAAUCAAUUGAUAACCACA